GAUCACUAGGCGUUAACGGGAGGUGGUAUAUGACUAUAUCAUGGUUUGGCAAGAGCCUGUGUAAGUCUAUGCCUCCUGCCUCAUGGUUAGCAGUUAGAAGCCCCGUACCCGCAACAUGAAUUGAUGUGAACAAUUUUGCUGGAAAUGAACAAAGACAGCGAGUCAGCUCACUGUCACGUCCCACUUGCACAUGUGACGCUCAGUGCCAUGCGCCUCCACCAUGCAUUAACGAGAUGUACCGCUGCGUCGUUACACCGUGAAGGCUUGUCGAUUGACCUACAUAUGACAGGCGCCCUGCACUCGAGAGGUUUGACUUCAUUACGGAUACAAUAAGUGAAAGAAAAGGAUGGAAGAGUUUGACUUCCCCCCAGUGCCAUCAUCUCCACCCAGCAGUCUAAAUCUUCCACCUUCCGAUGAGCCUGACUUAGAGUGGUGUUUGCGAAGAACGCAUGAUGUUGCUUUAAUAUAUGCGGAGGACGACCAGGAGGAAGCUUUUAACAUAUUGACCGAAAUGACUGAGGAAACAAACCUUGAUGUCCGUCUGCAGACAGACGAGUGUUUUAGCGGAAGUCUUGUUGAGAAACCUGGGAGAAUUGCCUCACAAUGCUGGCUUGUGUUAGUAGUUCAAACACAUAAUACAACCAACGACAUGGUAGCAAAAUUCACUAAAGACGAACUAAUUGUGAAAAUUCGUAUCACAGAGGCCAAGGAUUAUAUUCGCCCCCUUUGCACUGAAAAAGGACUUCCUAACUUAUCAGGUCUGGCAUCUAUUGAAUCAUUACUUUGGGAUCCAUCAGCCAAAACGAGAACGAAGAGAAAGAUUGAGGACUUUAUUAUAUGGCAAAAGGAACAAGAUGUAACAUGGCGCAUCGAAAAUUUGAAACUUGAAGCUCCGGUGAAACUCUGUGACCCGAAUGACGGGAAAACCAAACGCCUCUUUUCCGAUUUACAGGUUUAUGACAUGAGUGGCGAUAAAAAAGGGCUCCUGUUCAUCAUUAACAACUACGAAUUUACAGAUUCAAAAAAAUAUCCCAGCAGAGAUAGCAGUUGUAAAGACGCAGAGUCUCUGAAAACAUUGUUUGAGAAGUUUGGAUUUAAAGUUGAAACGGAGAACAAUCUGACAGCUCAGGGCAUAAUGGACACAUUUGUGCAACAAGUCGAAGCAUUUGAACAGAGUGGCUAUCGCUGCUUCGCUACUGUCAUUUUAUCACAUGGCAUAAAAGGUGGCGUAGUCGGCACAGAUGGCGACUCUGUGUCUAUAGAAAAAAUCAAGAAUAUAUUUUUGGAUGAACACUUGAUACUUCACAAGGACAAACCGAAGCUGUUCUUUAUUCAAGCUUGUCAGGAAGGUCCGACUUCGCCCGAUGUGACGCCUGACAAACCAGGCAAAUUAUCUCAGGAAGGUCCGGCUUUGCACGCGGUGACUACUGGCAAACAAUCCAAAUUACACCCAGGAGCGCACUUUUACUGGACCUCAGCAACCGUGCCUGGUUACGGGGCACUGAGGGAUGAAGAAGAUGGAUCGUAUUUCAUUUCAAGUCUUGUGAAUGUAUUCACAAAGUAUGCCCAUCAAUACGAUUUGGACAACAUGAUGUCUAAAGUUGCAUUCGACGUUGAGCGCCUGACAUCAAGGGAUCACAGUCCUCAGAUCAUCGAGAGAAAAUCAACCUUACUAAAGCAGCUGUUCUUCUUUCCAGGGAUUUAGGGACAUAUCUGAAAUCAAGAAAUCUCGCCAGUCCCUGCCUCAUCUCCUUAAUGCCGAGCGCCAGGCAGGGUAAGAGAACCGUCUUCUGAUAUGACGCAGUCCGGGAUUGAACAGCUGUCAGGGAAGAUGUUCUAUCCACUUCAACACGGAUGGAGUUUGUUGCACAUGUGACACCCGUAUUACCGGUAUAGUAUAAGUAAACACUUGCCUUGGGGUAGGAUGUGAUAUGCUUAUGAUGAAUUCAGAAUUGAACAUUGGAAUCUGCUUUCAGCAGAGACUUCUUAUGCUCAUUGAAAUGGUCCUGUCGCUUUUAUAUACGAACGUCAGUAUAUCAGCUCAACGACCUAUAUAUUUAGAAAACAUCUGGCAUCAUCACUAUUUGAUGGCGCUUCAGGAACACAUGUUCGUGAUAUAGUCGGAAUCGUACAAUCGACUCUGUAAUUGGCAGAGAUUUCUUAUAAAUAAAGCGUUUGUCGCUUUUAUUUACAUUUUCGUUACUACAUACAUAAGUCACGGGAAUUAUUUAUACUUACACCUCUUAUACAUCUAUCUAAUCUAAUACCAUUUAUUCUGUAAAUAUAUUGUCAUGUUCUUCAUAAAGGCUGGAUAGAUUUCACGACGCGCAGUCAUUUUGUUUACAAGGAUAUUAAAGUUGACAUCAAAUUCCAGACAAAUCAAAAGAUCAGGAGAGAGUUCUUAGAUUUCAGAAAAUAUUUAGUGUUGUCAGCGCACGACAUGUAAGUAGUAAUGCUUAAUUUAAAGAUUGAUGGAAUAUAUGGUCAAAGUGUAAUGGAUGCUACCGGAGGGGCAGGAUACGAUCACCCUUUUGCGAACACCCCUUAUUUGAUAGUGAUUCAUCAAGACAUGCUAAUGAUUCGGUUGAAAUCGUACAAUGGACUCUGCUUUUAGUGGAGAUUUCGUAAAAUUGUGGAACUGUUUUUUGUCGCGUUUAUUUACGAAGGUCAGUUUAUAAGCUCAGCGACUUAUGUAGGGUUACCUUACAUAUUCUUAAAUACGUAAGUCUGUACACGGUUUAGUGAACCAUUUUUACUUUUGUAGCCUUUAUCAAUCCAUCAAACUUAAUACAAACACUUAUUUAUUCGUAUUACAUGUAUAUCAUUUACGUUUUCAUCUCUAUCAUAUAUGGUCAUAACUUUUUCAUACUCCUUGUAGAUCUUUUCAUCUGGACGAGCUUUGAUACAUAUUUCUUCUCUUUUUUCAAUACAUUCAUUAAUGAAGAUCUUGUAUUCAGCAGAUGAAAUUUUGCCUUCAAUUGCUGUUGCCAGGAAAGCACGGAUCUUAAGCUCUAAGGCUUGCCACCCUGCGGCUGCCACGUUGUAACGCAUGCUUCUGUCUUCGUAAUAUGACUUCAGAACUUCACUGGAUACCAGAAACACAAUGCAACUCGCCAGGAUACCUGCAAUAACCUGUGCGACAAUUGGAGCCUGCUUUAUCGAUGACACGAUUUCUGGUAAAUUUUCCUCUACUAUUUUCGACAGAUAUUUGUGUGUCAUGAUCCCAACAACAGCAACGACCAUCACUUUAAUAACUGCAAAUAAUAUAUAUAAGCAUUCAUUUGUACUUGAAGUUUUGUAGCACAAGAUGGCUGCUCUGCGGCUUCUGACUUCAAUUUCUCUUAAAAGCCUAAUGCUUUCUCUGAUAGCUGUUGCUUCAUCUUUACAUUGAUCUAAAUAUGGUUUACUUGGUCUGAAACAAAAUAAGAAAUAGCAGCACUUUGUUAUCUGCAUCAAUAUAAUAAAACUAUGAAUACUUUGCUUUGCUGAAAGGCAUUGUCCACAUUUCCCCGGAGUGAAAGAGCAUUAUUGUACUGAAUGGUUGUUGCGUUUCUUGUCAUACCUUGUCCUCACCUCAGCAUUUUUCUUGUAGCUUCAUCUGUUGUGGAAGAUUGACCAUGAUUACUUUUACCGGGUCUGAAACAGAAGCCACAUAACCCAAAAUGUUGUUAUCUGUAUUAGUGUCAAAAACUUAUUACAGAGUAAAGUGCAAUUUGUAUUUGAAGUUUUGUAGCACAUCAGUGCUGCUCUGCGGCUUCUGACUUCAAUAUUUCUUAAAAUCAUAAUGCCUCUUUUCUAAUAGCUGCUGAUUCAUCUUUACAUUGACCGAAAUAUGCAUCACCUGACCUGAAAAGAAUUCAAAUGCAGCAAAAUAUUGUUAUCUGUAUUAGAAUCAAGAAACUAUUACAUGAGUUAUGUGUAAUUUUAAUGUUAAAGAUAAAUGCCUGCGUAAAAAUCAUAAGUCAUAAACCACAUUUUCACAGUGGGGACGAGCAUUGCUGUCCUGUAUGAAUAUAGAGUUUCCAGUAACGCAUUGUCCUCACCUAAUGGUUUCGCUCAUCCCUGUUGCUUCAUCUUUGCAUUGUCUGUGACCGGUAUUACCGGAUCUGAAGGGAAAUCAAAUGUAUUAAAUUAUUCUUAGGAACGUGUAAUGUUGCCAUCAUUAUUGAAUUAAUUAUAUCUUGUAUACUGUUUCCUUGUUUUCGUUGCGGCAUAUUGCAUAAAAGUCUGGGAUGGUGACAAUGACGUGAGACCACUUUUGCUCUAUCCUGAACCAGAGUGUUACUUUGUUUUGUGUACAGAAAUAUAUAUAUGUCAUUUAUAUGUUAUGUCGCAUUGAAUGAGGUGUGUCAUUAAAUGCUAAUUUAAGUUA